AUGACUGAUGUCCAGUCAUCAACAACGAAGGAGCCGAAGCCAGUCAAGGUCAUCUGCAGACCAUGUAACGGAGCUGCACUGGAGAUCCAAACCAUCUCCUUUGUUGACCACUGCCGAAGUCAACCGGGAGGUUUGAGUGGUUCAACGAAAGGUAGCUGGCGUCCUCGAAGAUACCUCAUCCACGUUCCCGAUCUGAAGGACGACCCAUGCGCAGAUAAUCACAGCUAUGGUUGGUAUAAUCGCUCGUUCGUUGACCUCGGUAUCAUGGAUCCGGAUCCAACGCCCGGAGAUCGUUCGACCUUGUUUCACGUGCAAAUUGUGACGAAUGAGCAUUCGAAGGGAGUCCCGCGCGUACUGCAUGUCUACGGGACUGCUUUUACAUUCAAGGUGAAGGGGAAAAAUGAUCGUGGCAUGUUGGAAUGUGGCGAUGUGGACGAAGCUAUCAUCAAGGAUGCGGUCAAGGGGAAAGGGAUAAAAGGGUCAUGA